UGCGCCGCUGCACCAGAAGCCCAGCAAUAAUGUGCCUCCUACAAAGUCAAUAAAAUUACACAAGUUGGUUGAGAACUCCUUGUCCGUAGAUAACCCAGCACUCUUCAACUCCUUAGGACCUCCUUUUCGGUCAACUACUUGCCAUCGCUGUGGCCUCUUUGGCUCACUGAGGUGUUCUCAGUGCAAGCAGACAUAUUACUGCUCCACCACGUGUCAGAGAAGAGACUGGUCGGCACACAGCAUUGUGUGCAAACCCGUUCAGCAAAAUUUCCACAAACUUGAAAAUAAUAAAUCAUCUUUUGAAACAAAGAAUAUGGAAGUGAAAAACGAGAGUGACUAUCCAACUGGAGUUACUAAGGAAAUAGCCAUUGGUCCUGAGAAAAUAAUGUUUUCUGAUUUGAGAAGUCUACAACUCAACAAAACCAUGGAAAUAAAGGGUACUGUUACUGAAUUCAAACACCCAAGUGAGUUUUAUGUGCAGUUGUAUUCUUCAGAAGUUUUAGAAUACAUGAACCAACUCUCUGCAAGCUUAAAAGAAACAUAUGCAAAUAUGGUGCAUGAAGAAGAUUAUAUUCCUGUCAAGGGGGAAAUUUGUGUUGCCAAGUACACUGUUGAUCAGACCUGGAACAGAGUAAUAGUACAGGAUGUUGAUGUGCUGCAGAAGAAGGCACAUGUCUUAUAUAUCGAUUAUGGAAAUGAAGAAAUAAUUCCAGUAAACAGAAUUUACCAACUAAACAGAAACAUUGACUUGUUUCCUCCUUGUGCCAUAAAGUGUUUUGCAGCCAAUGUUAUCCCAGCAGAGGGGAAUUGGAGCAAUGAUUGUAUCAAAACUAUUAAAUCACUGUUAAUGGAGCAGUACUGCUCUAUAAAGAUUGUGGACAUCUUAAAAGAGGAAGUGAUUACCUUUGCUGUAGAUGUUAUGCUGCCAGGUUCAGGCAAACUCUUAGACCAUGUGCUCAUAGAAAUGGGAUAUGGCUUAAAACCCAAAGGACAAAAUUCUGAGAAGCAGAGUGCAGAUCAAAAUGAUGCUGAAGAUGUUGGGAAAAUGUCGACUGAAAACAAAAUUGUUGUGGACAGAAGUGACCUAAUCCCGAAAGUGUUAACUUUGAAUGUAGGCGAUGAGUUUUGUGGUGUGGUCGCCCACAUUCAAACACCAGAAGACUUCUUUUGUCAACAGCUUCAAAGUGGCCAUAAGCUUGCUGAACUUCAGGCAUCCCUUAGUGAGUACUGUGGUCAAGUGUCUCCACGCUCUGACUUCUAUCCGACCAUUGGCGAUAUAUGUUGUGCUCAGUUCUCAGAGGAUAAUCAGUGGUACCGUGCCUCUGUUUUGGCUUAUGCUUCUGAAGAAUCUGUACUGGUUGGAUAUGUAGAUUAUGGAAACUUUGAAAUCCUUAGUUUGACAAGACUUUGUCCCAUAAUUCCAAAGUUGUUGGAAUUGCCAAUGCAAGCUAUAAAGUGUGUGCUGGCAGGAGUAAAGCCAUCGUUAGGAAUUUGGACUCCAGAAGCUGUUUGUCUCAUGAAAAAAAUUGUACAGAACAAAAUGAUCACAGUGAAAGUGGUGGACAAGCUGGAAAACAGUUCCCUGGUGGAGCUUAUGGAUAAAUCUGAGACACCGAACGUCAGUGUUAGCAAAGUUCUCAUAGAUGCCGGCUUUGCCGUGGAGGAAAAAGGGAGAGUGACAGAUAAGCCCAGUGAUGUGAAAGAAGCCAGUGUUCCCUUGGAUGUAGAAGGAAAAACAAAUCCAUUGGAGUGGACGUGGGUUAAACUUGCUGUUGACCAAACAGUAGAUGUUGUGGUCUGUAUGAUAUAUAGUCCUGGAGAAUUUUAUUGUCAUGUGCUUAAAGAUGAUGCUUUAAAGAAACUCAAUGAUUUGAACAAAUCUCUAGCAGAAUAUUGCCAGCAGAAGUUGUCUAAUGGUUUUAAGGCAGAAGUAGGGCAACCUUGUUGUGCAUUUUUUGCAGGUGAUGGUAAUUGGUAUCGUGCUUUAGUCAAGGAAAUCUUACCAAAUGGACACGUUAAAGUACAUUUUGUGGAUUAUGGAAAUGUCGAAGAAGUUACUACAGAUGAACUCCAAAUGAUACCGUCAAAAUUUUUGAAACUUCCAUUUCAAGGGAUACAUUGCUGGUUAGUAGAUGUACAGCUUAGAAACAAACAUUGGACUAAAGAAGCCACAGCAAGAUUUCAGAUGUGUGUUGCAGGGAUAAAAUUGCAAGCCAGAGUGGUUGAAGUCACUGAAAAUGGGGUGGGAAUUGAACUCACCGAUCUUUCCACUUCUUAUCCCAGAAUAAUUAGUGAUGUUCUGAUUGAUGAAAAUCUGGUCUUAAAAGCUCAUUCACCACAUGAAGACUUGCCAAAUAACAGACCUGUUAAUAAACAUGAUCUGAAAAUUGAUGUACAGGUACUUCAAGCCAUCCCUUCAGCUGAGCAAUGGAAGACAAUAGAAUUGCCAGUUAAUAAAACUGUACAAGCAAACAUACUAGAAAUCAUAAGCCCAAACUUGUUUUAUGCUCUACCAAAUGAGAUGCCAGAAAAUCAGGAAAAACUGUGUAUGUUGACAGCUGAAUUAUUAGAAUAUUGUAAUGCUCAGAAAAGUCAACCGUCCUAUAGACCGAGAAUUGGAGAUGCAUGCUGUGCCAAAUACACAAGUGAUGAUUUCUGGUAUCGUGCAAUUGUUCUGGGAACAUCAGACACUGAUGUUAAAGUGCUCUAUGCAGACUAUGGAAACAUUGAAACCCUGCCUCUUUCCAGAGUGCAGUCAAUCACUUCCAGCCACCUGGAGCUUCCAUUCCAAGUUAUUAAAUGUUCACUAGAAGGACUAAUGGAAUUGAAUGGAAGCUCCUCUCAGUUAAUAAUAGUACUACUAAAAAAUUUCAUGUUGAAUCAGAAUGUAAUGCUUUCUGUGAAAGAAGUUACUGAGAAUGUCCAUACGGUGUCAGUUGAGAAAUGUUCUGACAAUGGUACUGUCAGUGUAGCUGAUAAGCUGGUGGCGUCUGGUCUGGCAAAAAACAUCGCACCACCAAAGCAAAGUGCUUUAAAUACAGAAAAGACAUAUAGAAUGAAUUGCUGCUGCACAGAGUUACAGAAACAAGUUGAAAAACACGAACAGAUUCUUCUCUUCCUCUUGAACAACCCAACAAAUCAAAAUAAAUUUAUUGAAAUGAAAAAACUGUUAAAAAGUUAAGAUAAGUUUGUUUUUGCUGCUUGUAUUGUCACCAAUAGGAUGUCUCCAGUUAUAUUGUCAGGAUAGAUCUAAUAGAGUGAAACCCCUUAUAAGGCUGUACUUUUUUUGUGAUCUAGUAAUCUCAGGUUUGGUUGCAGAUGUUUUGCUGUCUUCCUAGGUUUGAUCUGAUCAUUUUCCUUUGACACUGCUAAUGGAACUGAGCCCAGGGGUAUUCUAGUUGCAUCAGCCUUUCUUUAUUGUUUGAUUUAGAGAAUGCUCAUGUUACUGAUACGUACGUGGAGGGAUGUGUAAAAAUUGUUGUGAGGUAAAGCUUAGCCUCAAAUGCUUUGUCUAGAUUUGAAAUUAACUCAGAUCUCACUUGUGCACACUGCUGUAAACAUGUUUAGCACUUUUUUUGAGUAGUAUCUAAGGGACUAAGAACGGAAGUGGGCUGCACUGACAAUAUAUUUUGUUUCAAAACAAAAUGUACUCCCCCUUUUGGCUGUGGUGUUUCUACUAUUGAAAGAAAUAUUGGUGAGUUUUAAAUCAAUAGGUCCCUCUCUUUUUUUUUACUGUCUGGGAUCCUUUGUCCUGAGAUGGCUCUCAGAAAUUCCUUUAUGAUCAAUAUCCGAUUAGAACUUCUGAUCAGAAUGAAGUUGUCCUCCUUACCACUUUGAGUUGAUAUCAAUUCCAGCCAAAAGCAGAGGAACUUUGAUUUACUUGAUAUGUAUGCUUUUGUUGACUAAGGUGCAGUUUAUAUUAGACUGUUUGGAAAUAACCCAAGAGGCCAUAUUGCUCUUUGUGAAUCCUUUAUGGCCAUAAUAAUUCUCAGGUAGGAAACGACUGUGUUAAAACAUAUUUUCCAUGUGAUAAUGUACCGUUUCUUCUUUGUUUUUAAGAAAGUACAGCUGAGUGCUAAGCUAAAUGUCAUUAAUGCAAGAUCAACACUGUUGAUUCUUAUGAUUUAUUUCAUUUACAAAUUUUGAGUUUUUAAUAAAUGCUGCUUUACAAUUGCAAUUACAACUUUCAGUCCUUUCUAAUACGUUGUCUUAGAUACUGACUGCUUUGUGUGCUUGAAUUUAAAAUCUUUAAGGGUA